GCGUGCGCGCUGUUGCUGCGGCUGUUUACGGCAGUGCUGGUCUUGCUGAGUCCUUGUGUGUCCGCGGUGUCUAACGGCUGUAGUAAGGGCGGUAUAUAUGGAACUGGAAACCGGCGCGUGUGAACCCGGCUUCGUCGGGAUCAGGUUCUGUCAGGAAUGUAACAACAUGCUGUACCCGAAAGAGGACAAGGAGAACCGCAUCCUCCUCUAUGCUUGCAGGAACUGUGAUUACCAACAGGAGGCUGACAACAGCUGCAUCUACGUCAACAAAAUCACACAUGAAGUCGAUGAGCUCACACAGAUUAUCGCUGAUGUGUCUCAAGAUCCAACAUUGCCUCGUACAGAAGAUCACCCCUGCCCUAAGUGUGGCCACAAGGAGGCAGUGUUCUUCCAGUCACACAGCAUGAAGGCUGAGGACGCAAUGAGGCUGUACUACGUGUGUACGGCUCCACAUUGUGGACACAGGUGGACGGAGUGAGGGAGAGGUGACGAGAAGACAUCCAGCCACUUCAGUGCAGAGUGACUCUUUAUCUGUGUGUUUGUGUGUUCAGAAGACUGAGUGUAACGAUAGAUGCUUACUGUAUUUUUCUUACUAAAUGUUUUUUUAAAUUUUAUGAUUUGAGUUUUAUAUGUGAAGUUACAAAGAAACACAAUAAAACUAUUGGGACUAUUGUGA